AUGGAUAUUGGUAAUGAUAAUGGUAAUGGGAAUAAUGCUGAUAAUGGUAAUGAUAAUAAUAAUGCUAAUAGUAAUGGUCAUGGUAGUGACACUUAUAAUGAUAAUGUUAAUGCUAAUGGAAGUGAUAAUGAUACUGAUAAUUAUAGUAGUAUUGAUAUUGGUAAUGGUAAUGGUAAUGAUACUUUUCAUGGUAAUGAUAAUAAUAUUGGUAAUUAUAGGGAUACUGAUACUGAUAGUGGUAAUGAAGAUGAUAAUUAUAGUGAUAAUGAGAAUUCUAACGGUAAUGAUAAUGGUAAUGGUAAUGAUAAUAAUACCGGUAGUUGCAGUGGUAGUUAUUGA